AUGGAGAGUGGUUUGAGGAAAUUUUGUCCGAAGAAAUUAGAAAGGGAUUCAUUUCAUGUGAUUCACAAGAUUCCUUCUGGUGACAGCCCUUAUGUUCGAGCCAAAUACGCUCAGCUAGUGGAGAAAGAUCCUGAAUCAGCAGUGUUGUGGUUUUGGAAAGCCAUAAACGCGGGCGAUAGAGUUGAAAGUGCUGUUAAAGAUAUGGCUGUUGUUAUGAAGCAGCUCGAUAGGACCCAAGAGGCCAUUGAAGCCGUCAAGUCCUUUCGCCGCCUUUGCCCAAAACACGCCCAAGAAUCAUUGGACAACGUCCUCUUCGACUUAUACAAGAAAUGUGGAAAAGUUGAUGAACAGAUAGUGCUGCUAAAGCAUAAGCUGAAGAAGAUAUAUUUAGGGGAAGCUUUCAAUGGGAAGCCCACAAAGACUGCACGUUCCCAUGGCAAAAAAUUUCAGGUUUCUGUCACGCACGAAACCUCUAGGAUAUUGGGCAAUUUGGGCUGGGCUUAUAUGCAGAAGUCCAAUUUCAUGGCAGCAGAAGUUGUGUACCGAAAGGCCCAAAUGAUUGACCCGGACGCUAACAAGGCCUUGAACCUAUGCCAGUGUCUCAUGAAGCAAGCUCGUUACAACGAGGCCCGUUCGGUUCUCCAGGAUGUCCUCCACUGCAAAUUCCAAGGUUGUGAUGACCCAAGGUCAAUAAAACGGGCCCAUGACCUGUCAAAAGAAUUGGAGGCCCAUCUACUUAAGAGCCCAUAUAUUUCAGAUGAUCAUAUUCCGGGCCUGAAUUUCGAGGAUGAUUUUAUGGAAGCCCUUGAACGAGUCUUAAAUGAAUGGUCACCAAAUAGAUCAAAGAGACUGCCGAUAUUUGAAGAGAUUUCUCAACACAGAGAUCAAUUGGCAUUAUGUUGA